ACCAAAACAAAAAUAGACCUAUACGUGCCAUUGACUCUACUCCUUUUUCCCUAAAUUCCAUCAAAUUAAUUUAAUUUCUUAAUUUGUUUAUUUACUUAACUUUAUUUCACGUUUAUCGAAUUUAAGGAGGAAACUGAAGUUUAUCGAUAAAUGUGCUUUUAUAUCUUUCUGUAAAAUGAGAAACAUUGGAUUUUUUGGCGGAGAGCAGGGACAAGUGGAAAAGUGUAGAAGGUGUAACAAAACGAAGAAAAGUGCAUUUCUGCGACAUGCACGUGGCGGACGUGAGAUUGUAGGCCUGUCGCCGAUAUUUAAAUUUGUAUAAUUUGUAUGUGAAAUUAUUGACAACGGUUGAUUCGUCAAUAAGACGAUAAGAAAGAGGCUAUGAGAAAGCUGUUCUACGAGAAAUUGCAAUUCAGUUUAUUUUGAUUCACGUGCAUCGUUGCAAAGUGAGGUUACGGUCAUUAUCGAGCGAUUGCCGCUAAAGUUACACUUUUUGCUGUUAGUUCGCGAUAAGAUAUUGUUUCUCUUGCUUUUGUACGUAGAAAGGAGAAUUAUGGUACGAUAUUUGCUUAAGUUUUCGUACAUUGGUACGCACUACAGAGGUUUGCAGAGACAGAGUAGCGACAAUUUCGUACGGGACACCGACUCCAUCCAAGGCGCUAUAGAAACUGCUCUACUAACCGUCUCGCCAAAGAGCCUAAUUAGACCAGUCUUGACUCUCUCUAGCAGAACAGAUGCCGGAGUUCACGCUUUUGGCAACACCGCUCAUGUGGAACUUGAAAAUAAAUACAAUACAAUAUAUAACUCAUCAGAUGUAAAGAAAUACGUUAAUCGUUAUUUUGCCAAAUGUGGUCAUUUCAUUAGAUUACUGGAUUCGACACCCAUCACGAAUGAUUUUCACGCAAGACAUUCAUGUAAAUCUCGAACAUAUCUGUACAGAUUUAUGAUACCUAAAAUAUGCAAUGAACAACGGAUAUCCCUCCCAGAAACAAUACAUACUCAUCAUUUGAGGGCAUACGAUUUUGAUAUAGACAAAGCGAGACGUGGUAUACAAUUGUUUAUGGGAACAAAAGACUUUACUACAUUUAGCGCAAAAUCCAUAACAAGUCGCAAAAUUCAGUAUGUACGCGCUUUACAUGCUUUUACUUUGGAAGAGGCACAACCUUUGAUGCCUUUUGAUCCAUUGUCUAACAAUUUUACAUAUUGGCAUUUCACAUGCAAGGGAAAGUCUUUCUUAUACAAUCAGGUCAGACGAAUGAUCGGUGCCCUAAUCGCGUUAGGAUUGGGAAAAAUAACGGAGAAAGAUAUUACUGUAAUGUUACAAGUUCCUUCCCAUCAUAACUGGGAUCCUCGCGUUACACCUGUGCCACCGAAUGGUUUACAUUUAUUAAAUGUAGAAUAUGAUCCGGAUGAAUUAAGAAAUUGUACUAUAUUAGAAGAACAAGAAGAGGAACCACAAUCGGAGGAACGUACGCGGGAAUUACAGUGGGAAGGAGAAAAACAAGGAGUAUAGU